UCAUUUUAGCGUUCGUGCAGUGAUGCCAGAAGGACGGAAGAAUAAUCUAUUGUUUUCAUGUUUUUUUGAUCGGAGUUCGGUUUGAGUAUUGUGCCUUAUUAACCGGCUAGUUACAUAUUACACGAGUGUUUCCAAUAAAUUCCAUCGCCAGUGUGUUGGUUUCAGUAUCUAUAUAUUGAAUUAUUCAACGAAUUGUGUGAUUACUGAUUUUGAUCAAUUACGACAGUUUUUAGUAAGUAUAGGUAAAUAGAAGUGCCUUAUUAUUUUUAUUAUUUUUUUGAAUUUGGAUCCUUUUUUCAACCUAUCGGAGUUACGUUUCAAUUGGAGAUCGGAGAUUCCGUAACCAAGAGGUUCCUUCUUUGGUGGUUUCGUUCGCAAUUCUUUUUGAAAAUUUGACAACAUCGAAUCGAAGAACUGAAAAUGGAAUCCGACGAAUCCUACCAUUCGCAAGAACCUCUUCCAGAUUUCCACAUCACGUUCACUCUACAGACCCUGCAAGAUAUAGCUGCAUCAAAAUACGCGUUCAUUAGCUGGUGUACUUCCAGUGACCUUGACCUUGACCUUCCGCACAUCCCGUCCAGUAUUCGGUCGAUGAUCGACGAUAAAAUCCCACCGAUUAGUAAAGAGAUCGUAAAAUGCAGGAAUAAUUUCCAACGUUUGAUCGGCGAUAUAUCUCCCGAAGUUAUACUCAACUGCGCAGCUUUCAACUCAGCUGGCGGUAUUUGCUGUAGAACAACAGUCAAAAAUAUACUCGCGUCGAAUUUGCUCGGAUUCGAUUCGAUGAAACAGUUCGAGAUCGCUUGUUCGUAUUCCAUCGAGGAAGAUGUUGAACGUUUGUGGCCGCUGGUCAAAGAUAACGAAGUAUUCCACCAAUACAGAUUCGACAUCUCAUCUGUACCUAGCCGCGUUACAAUAAUGGAUUAUUGGUGUUCUCGUAUGAGAGGCGAAUUACUGGAAUUUUACGAACCGGAAGGAAAAUCUGCCGAAUGGUAUACGGUUUCCGAGCUACUUUCAGUAUACGAGAAUGUGAAAACCUGGACAGAAAUCGAGUACUUUUGGUGUAAGUUGAACACCCAAGAACGAAAGUGCCUCGUAGACAGAAUUUGGAAGAUACGAGAUUCUAUAAAAUACGAUUUGAUCGUGAAAUCGAUCACGGAUACGGUGCUGAAUAACGUUAUUAGAACGUCAUGGUUUCUAUUAAUUGAACAUUUUGCCUUAGAUGACAUCUAUUACCAAUAUGCUUUACUGCUUUGGAACUAUGGAAAGAGCACAACGAUCUUUAAGGAUACCACCGUCUACGAUAUUUUGCACCGUUUAUCGGAUGCGGCACCCCAGUGCGAAUAUAAGUACGUGACGAUCGUACUCAAAGAAAUAUGGCUUUCUGCUGCGGAUCAUUUGAAAAAUUACGUCUGUAGUGGUUACUUUCGCGUUGAAAAAUUGUUCGAGAAAUGUUUACUAAACGCGGAUAUUCGCUCUUUCGCUGGUCGCGAUUAUGGGUUUUUGAUCGAAGUAUUAAAAUAUGCCAGCUUCGAUAUCAGGCAACAAAUGUGGGACAAUUGGUGGCCACGAUUGACUCUAGCCAAUAUCUCGGAUAUACGCGAAUUGAUGACUUUGUGUUUCGACAAUGUAAACGAUAUCGUCAGGUUUAAACAAAUCGACUUGUUGAAUUACCAAUUGGAACGUGAUUUCGACGAUUUCGUGCAUUCGGAAUCGUUGGAAAAGAUAUCCGAGUACUUGAUGUUCUGUUAUUCCGAUGCUGAUGAGAAUGAAAAACUAGUACGUAUUACGAAGACACUAAUAAUCGUUGAACAAAUGAGCUGGAUCAUUGGCCAUGAUUCUGAUCUCACUUUGAGUAAAUUUUUCAAAUUUUUCGACGAUUGUUUUACAUUAGAAGAAGAGGGCGAAUUGCUCGAAUGCCACAUUCCAGAUAAAGAAACCGGUCUGUUGUCAUUGUGGAUUUCGUUUAGCAGUUUUGAUACAUUUGACAAAAUACUGCGUUAUUUGAAGUUUUCGGAUCAACGUUUGAUGGAAUUGAAGGGAUUUUUCAAAGAAAGAUGUCGACAUGUUUCGACGUUCGGUAAUUUUAAUUCGUUUUCCGUAGAUGAUUGGGAUAAGUUUCUGAAAUGGUGCGGAUUCAGUCCGGAAGAAGUAUCAGAAUUCAGAUGUAAUAUUCAGAUAGAUAAUAUGUUCGAAAAAUUUCUGUUGAAAAUGUACAUGUUAUUGAUGACUUGGAAGUACCGUCCUAGAUCUUUGGAGGCUGUGUGUUUCAGAAAGAUUGGGUUUUCUUCGAUCGAUGGGUUUUUACUGUGGUAUUUCGGCAGUGAACAAGCUGCGAAACAGUAUAAAUUGAGUAAAAUGGAUGAUGGCGAGAAUUGUAAAGUAAUUGAACAUUUUUUGGAAGAAGAAGAUUACAACACUCGUGCAUUUUUUCUUUUUUGGAUUAAUACAUGAAUUCUAGUUCAAUGUGAGCUGUCUCGUACCUAUAAGCUAAUUAUUUUGGAUUUUGAUAAAGUACGGAUUUAGCCGAUGUAGGUACCUAUAUUUUUUGUAAAAAGUAAAAAAGUGAAGGUUUGU